GGCAAGAAGUUACGGCGCCUAUCCAACAUUUUAGGUUGCCGUGACCCUGAAUAUGUUUCACCUUCGAGAUCCGGUUCAUCCGAAAGAAAUACUCUUGACGAUUCAGCUUCUUGGGGCGCUCGUAUGGAUGAUGGUGACAUUACCCAAAGAAAUACUCAGGAGGAUGAUGUUGACACUCCUCAGGCUGCGGACGACAUGAUGUUGAAGGCUUUCCAACGCUCCGCUUACAUGUUGAAGCCCAGGAAGGAAUUUAAGCGCUACUCACCGGAUGAUUAUGCGAAAGGGAAGAAUCCGGUGGCCGGGAGCUCUCGUUUGUCAAGGAUGAGAAGCAGGGAGGAUGAGGUUGAGGAUGACGAUGACGAUGAGUCCGAUGACCCGGAUCAAUUUGUGGUUGCGAGAAGGAAGAAGCUAGUAUCCAAGAGGGGACGAGGCCCCAAGUGAUUUGGAGUUGGUGUUGCACUUGUCGAGCUGAACUAUUUACUGUAGUCUUGAACUAUUUCGAGUUGUGAACCAUUUAGUUGUUGUUGCAGUUGUUGUGAACCAUUUAGUGCUGUCAAAAGAUCCUUAUUGCUGGAAAUAUAUUGCUUUAUUGCUGUCAAUAUAUUGAUUUAUUGCUGUUA